UCCUCUUUGGGGCGAAUUUAAUUGAUCCCGGCAAACCGUGACCACCUCUGAGGUGGCUUCCCCCUGAAUUCACAACGCUGAGCAUUUCAGUCUCUUUUUACACCUGGUACACUUAUUUUUCCAGAACACUUAUUCGAGAAUAAACCAGCGGGGAUCCAAACGACACCGGAGUAAUUAUCGCUGCAUUGUUGUGGAGGAAGCUCGGAGGAGGGGAUGGAUGCAAGCAAGCGAGCAGAGGCGCACCGAGGCAGCUUUCUGACAGACCCAGCUCCCCUGUGAUGCAGCUGUUUAUGCUGGCUGUGAAAAAAACCCCGGGCGCCCCGACGACUGCUCUUAAGACGCUAACGGGCGAGAAAUCAGCCUGCUAUUUGUUAUUCUGCACGUGUUGGGAUUGCAUAUGAAGAGCGGAGAAAGCCAUGUAGCCAGUGUACUCUCUGCCACAGAGAAUGCACCGCCGCUUUGAUUUUCUCUUUCAGAUUUCCCUUUUUUCCUCGCCGUGGUGAUUUGUCCGAUUGUUUUCUUCCUCCUCGACCGUGCUCUGUGUUUUUUUGCAGACCUGCCCAGUGCUUUUGCUUUUUGUUUUGAGCGUGGAAGCCAAAUAUCAACUCGGUGAUAUUACAGGAGUGUGCGAGGAGAGGACAGCGUUGGCAUCUAUCCAUGCGCGCUCCACACCGGGCUAUUUAUUAUGGAAGUGUGACCCCAGCCGAGGUACUACACACGCUUUCCCCCAUACUUUCUCCAAGUGUUUUCAUUAAGGACCGGGUAUUUUGAGGAUAUCUUGGCUAAAAUGCUCUGAAUGUCGGGGUAUUUUGCCGGCUGUCAGUGACGCAACAUCUCACACAGACUGCAUGAGAAAUACAUGCGUAGAAGGGCGUGAACUUGCAGACACUAACCUCCUUGCCAUUAAUAAAGCAUCUGCCUGUCUAUAAAGCCACUUUCCUCCGUUUGCAAUCCCAUAGCCUUCAUUCAUCUAAACUCAUCCCGGGGACAUAAUGGAUCUCAAAGCGGACUCGGAGGACAUGGACUACAAGCGGCCGGCUCCCAUUGAAGUUUUCGCCAGCAGGUCCACGCUGCAUGGCAUCUCGCACAUGUUCACUUAUGAGCGGAUGUGUAUCAAGCGCACCCUGUGGAUUUUGUUCUUCCUGAGCUCCUUGGGUGUGCUGGUGAUGGUGUGCGUGGACCGGGUGCAGUUCUACUUCCAGUACCCUCAUGUCACCAAGCUGGACGAGGUUGCGGCUCCGCAGAUUGUGUUCCCCUCUGUCACCUUCUGCAACCUCAACUCCUUCCGCUUCAGCCGGGUGACGCGCAACGACCUGUACCACGCUGGGGAGCUGCUUGCCUUGCUCAACGGCAGGUAUGAGAUCCGGGACCCGCACCUUGUGGAGGAAAAUGUCCUGCAGAUCUUGAAGGAGAGGGCUGACUUCGACAACUACAAGCCCCGCCCCUUCAACAUGCGCGAAUUCUAUGACCGGACUGGCCACGACAUCAAGGACAUGCUGCUCUCCUGCUACUACCGAGGCAUGGAGUGCAGUGCCGAAGACUUCAAAGUGAUAUUCACGCGCUAUGGAAAGUGCUACACUUUCAAUUCAGGCCAAGAUGGACGACCCCUCCUGGUGACGAUGAAGGGUGGAAUGGGCAACGGCCUGGAGCUGAUGCUGGAUAUCCAGCAGGAUGAAUACUUGCCUGUGUGGGGAGAGACUGACGAGACAUCGUUUGAAGCAGGGAUCAAAGUUCAGAUCCACACCCAGGACGAGCCGCCGUUCAUAGACCAGCUGGGCUUUGGAGUGGCGCCGGGGUUUCAGACCUUUGUCUCCUGUCAGGAACAACGGCUGACAUACCUGCCUCCACCGUGGGGAGACUGCAAGGCCACAGCAAUGGACUCAGACUUCUUCAGCACUUACAGCAUCACGGCCUGCCGGAUCGACUGUGAGACGCGAUAUCUGGUGGAGAACUGCAACUGCAGGAUGGUCCACAUGCCCGGAGAUGCCCCAUACUGCACCCCGGAGCAGUACAAGGAGUGUGCAGAUCCUGCCUUGGACUUUCUCGUGGAGAGAGACAAUGACUACUGCGUGUGCGAGACGCCGUGCAACAUGACGCGCUAUGGGAAAGAGAUGUCCUUUGUCAAGAUACCCAGCAAAGCGUCAGCCAAGUACCUCGCCAAGAAAUUUAACAAGACAGAGCAGUACAUAUCUGAUAACAUUCUGGUUCUGGAUAUCUACUUUGAGGCGCUGAACUACGAAACCAUUGAACAAAAGAAAGCCUACGAAUUGGCAGGCCUUCUGGGUGAUAUCGGAGGCCAGAUGGGUCUCUUCAUCGGAGCCAGCAUCCUCACCAUUCUCGAACUCUUUGACUAUUUAUAUGAGGUGAUCAAGUACAAGCUGUGCCGAUGCGUGAAGAAGAAACACAAAGGCCGCAACAACAAUGACCGGGGAGCUGUGCUGAGCCUGGAUGAUGUGAAACGCCAUGCUCCUUGCGAGAACCUGCGUACACCAUCGACAUAUCCUGGCAACAUGCUACCUCAUCACCCGGGACAGGGCAACUUUGAAGACUUCACUUGCUGAGCAGACCCGGGUGGAGCAACGAAGUGCGUGUUAUGCAACCAAAGCCAACCAUACAACAAGAACUAUCCAGCACGGGGAGUGUGAGGAACUGAUACAAAGUCUAACAGAGGCACUUUUUACAUAGAAAGGGAGUAAACCGGACAAAUCAUAUACGACAAAGAACUGUCACCCGAGGCCAAGUGGAGAGGAUUUCCCAAAUAUUUAAAAAAAACAAAAAAAAAAAAAUCUGUCAAUUUUCCGGAGAACAUCUCAUGCAGCACUCUAAACUCUUCUGUCUCUGUGUUUUCCUCUGGAAUACUGCCGCAAAGGAUGCUCGUGGAGGAGAACCUCGCCAACACGGACCUCUCUUUCAAAAGACAAAAAAAUAAAAUGUAAAAAUAAACAAGGGAACAUGUACAGCUAUCUCACCAUCGACAGCAGAUCAUAAAAAGAGCCCUCCAUGCCUUUAUAUAACACAGCAGCAACAACAACACGAUGGUUUCACACAACACUGGCCUGCUAGUGGGACAAAUAUUCAUACUGCUUACACCACUGUACAUGUAGCAACAUCUGUAACUGUUGCAGCGCUCCAUAGAACAACAGCUGGACUCUGUGUAGUUUGUACGAGAAUGUAUUUGUUCACGGUGGGUGUAGGUGGGUACGCAGGGAGAUGUUCAGGCAGCUUGUGGUGGCAGUGGGUAGUGGUAGAGGUGCAUCGUCUACCAUUUGAAAUGUACUGGUGAUGAUUUCAGGUCUCAUCAUGUAAAUGCAUGCUUGUACUUGUCCA